UAUUUAAUGUCAAAACUGUCACCACACGCAUCAAAACAAACAUUUAUUUGAAAAAAAAGCACAAUUUUCAAUUCUAGAACUAUGAAUAUUAAUAUCACUUUAAUAUAUAAAAUUUUUUAAACUAAUAUUAAAAAAAUGUUCCUCUCGGAGACUGUGGUGAGUUCCCUCAAGGAGUUCAUAACCGAACUGUCUGGCUUUGAGGAUGGUAGUGAACCCUUUAAUCACAUUCUAAAACACUUCAUUUUCGUCCUAAAAAAAUCCGACACAAUGUAUUUCCCCAGUAAGCCAGAAAUUGACAAACAAAUCAAAGGUAUGGAAGAAAAGUUUUGUUUUCAUGGUUUCUUUCCGCAAGCAGAGGCCUUAAGAAGCUGCUAUAAAUCCUUUUUAACUGAUAAUUUACCAAAAUCGGAAAUCAUGAACAGAUUGAACAUGGUGAAGUUUCUUAUGUACAUGUCCCAGUGUCCUACCAAACAUUUUUUGGAAAAUCCCGACAUGGUGUUAAAGCAAAGAAUAGAACCGGAGAAAGAGGUGGAUUGGGGGGCUUUUUUGAAAGAAGGCAUGGACAAAUUCAAAGGGAAUUAUUAUGAUUUUAGUGAUGAUGAUUCUUAUAGCAGUAUAGAUGAGGAAGAUGGUACAACUUCAGUGGUAGCAUCCAACUUGACUCAACCCAUGUUACCAAUUCAAAUAAAGAGUAGCGAUAAAAUUUGUUUAAUGGAUUUAAAAACAAACAGAGAAGAACUUUUAGGAACUGUACAACAUACUUGGUACAAUCAGGAUCAGUUUUUUAUGGAACCUGCUAGUGAAUGUUUCGAGGCUAAUGUUGGAAUAUUAUGGGAGAACCAUCUAAAAGACCAAGUCCAAGGCAUGAUUUUACUGAAAUCCCCAUCAGUUAUCACCGAAUAUAAAACGAUCAGAGAAAUAUUAUGGCAAAUGUGGAGCCUCCACACCUCUUCUACUUUUGAGUUAAGAGGAAACAGCAUUAAACCAAGGCCCGAUGUAACUUUGGCUAGUGUUCGAAGUUAUGCUUUUUAUACAUGCAUGGAGGAAUUCACUAUGUAUAUGGAACUUCUAGACUAUUUUAGGAGGUUUGAAGGUAGUUUGGAAGAUUUUAAUGUGUGUCACACUUACCAAAGCUAUUGUAAAUGCCUAAAAACUAUUGUGCGACCUGUAUAUAAGCAGCUGGCUGAUUUGGAAGAUGAUGUAAGGAAACAAGAAAGAACUUAUACAUUACUGAGUCUGGCAAAAGAUUUAAAGAUAAUCAUGCGGCCUCUAUUGAUUUUAAGGGAAUUUCAGGAAAGUUUAGUCUUAAAUUUGAGUCAGUAUUCACCGUUAAGAUGUGCCACAGUUUUGCUGACCAAAUUACAUGAAUCUUUGGGAGUUGCGAUCAAUAAAGAGGAGCAGGACUUAAAAUUGACGUUGUUUUUGGAAAGUUUAUUUUAUUAUUUGAGUCUUGUAGACUCUUGGUUAAUGAAGGGAGAUUUUAAGGAUUAUACUGGCGAGUUUGUUAUUGAACAGGUUGUAUCUAAUGAUGGGGCCCACACAGAAUUUAAAGUACGAGAAAAUAUUGAAACAAAAUGCAAAAGCAAUCCAUUUUUAACCAUCUUCAUGGAGAAAGUCCUAAAAAUGGGACGAAACAUUAACUUUUUAAGGCUUUUAAAAAAAUAUGACAUUAUAUGGGAUUGCAGAGCAUCAAUUUAUGAAGAGUUUAUUGAUAAUAUGUUAGAAAAAAUUGCCAAAUACAACAACACUAAUAUAACAAAUCACCACCUCGAUAAUAUUAUAUCCAAGGAAGAAAUGAGCUCUACAGAUAUAAUCAUGAAAACAAACUUUGUUUUUCCUGCACUGGGUCCUGCUGUACGGAAUGCAGAAUUUCAGAAAGUAGAAAAUCUCGUGGAUAUUGAUGAUGGGUUUUUGGUAACCGCUUUUGCAGACUUUUUAACUCACAAACCUGCAUUAAACAAAGAUAACUCUAAGGACACUUUAUACAAAAGGAUUUCUAAGAAUACUCCAACCUUAUUUCUUAAACAGGACUUUUGCGAAGAGGUUUUAGUAAAUAUUAUUGAGAAAAGAUUCACAGUGUCGGGAUUGAUGGUCAAAAAUUUGUUAAUAGAGGAGCAUCUGUUGGAGAAACAAUUUCAGUUUUUGAAGCAUCUUUAUUUAUUUUUUGACGAUUUGAUUUUUCCUUUUUAUAAGAGGCUCUUUGAUAAGAGUGACUCAUCUGCAAACAAAAACUGGGCGAACGACAUCUGGCUCACCUCACACAUCCACGACAUUUUCAUGGACUUGUAUCCUCAAUUCUAUGAAAAAUGUUCGGUAAAGGUAAAAAGUGGAACGUUGCUCUUGAACGAUGAUCUUGUCCCCGCCUGGAGCCUAAUCCAGAUCGACUACGAAAUGCGUUGGCCGUUAAACAUCAUCAUAAAACAGGAACAAAUGAACUGUUACAAGAGAAUUUUUCAAUUUUUAUUGAAACUAAAGUGGGCGCUACAUACCCUUAACAGAUUGGUUUUUUCAGAUUUGGAACGCAGUAAAUCCUUAACGAAAAAAUCGCAGCGAACUUUCAAGGCGACAAAUCACCAAAACAAACCUACGGCGAAACUGAUUCGCCUUAAGUUUUAUUUGACAAACGUGAUUAACAGUCUGCAACAUUUCGUUUUCGGGUUCAUUUUUGGGAAAAAUUUGGCCAAAUUCGAGUUGGAUUUCGAAAAGGCUUAUGACCUCAAUACACUUAUCGGGUGCCACUAUGAAUUCAUUAAAAAUGUCGAGGAAUCCAUAAGGGAUUUAAGGGUGAAGAUGUUUGAUAAAGAUAAGAAUAAUGUGUUGUACUGCAUAAAGUUGCUUAAGCAGAUGUGGAACGGUCAGAAAAGUGCCACUGCAGACCGUAUCAGUGAGUGCAUUAGGAUUUAUAAGACUUUUUACAGUGAUAUUAGCCCUAUUAUUUUUCCUGUUCAUAUUUAUGAUUACUAAUGUUAUUAAUAAAUGCUAGAAAAUAAUAAAAA